UAUGGAGGAUCAUUGCCAUGGACUUGAACAGCCUUGAAUCCAGCCUGCCUCUUGUACCGCCAUGAUCGUAGAAUGGUGUACCCAAUUUCUGGAUCCGCGAGCUUCCAAAGACCUCAAUAUCUCGCGCGCACUUAUCAUUCUGAACCAACCUUUCAGUGCUAGCUUGUUAAAGACCCUAUGGGCUGCCUCGGAAUGGCGUUCUUGCGCCGACGGCGGCGCUAAUCGUUUAUAUGAUAUCUUGGGCGCAAGUGGUGAACCAGAUAUUCGAAAUUCAUUCCUCCCUGAUAUGGUGAAGGGUGAUCUCGAUUCUUUACGGGAUGAUGUUAGAUUGUACUACACUUCACUGAAUGUACCGGUAAUCCACGAUUCCAACCAAGAUUCUACGGACCUCAUGAAAUGCGUGCAAGCAUUGGAAGAGAAAGAACGUUUGACUGGGCAGGAGUUCGAGAUCAUGAUCCUGGGAGGUCUCUCCGGAAGAUUGGAUCAGACUGUACAUACAUUAUCAUACCUCCAUAAGCUUCGUAAGACUCGCAAACGCGUCUUCACAGUCACCGACGAUAACGUAGGAUGGGUCCUUGAUGUAGGUGAGCAUCUCAUCCACAUCAACCACGACGUAUUAGGACAAACGUGUGGGCUUCUUCCUGUCGGCAUCGACUCAACCAUUCUGACGACAACUGGACUGCGGUGGAACCUGGACAACACAGAGUCAUCAUUCGAUGGACUUGUGUCCACGUCAAAUCAUCUCGUACCAGGACAAGACGUCACGAUCAAGACCUCGAAGCCAAUCUGGUGGUGUGCGGAGUUAAAGGACCUAAGCACAUAUGCUCCUACAUAAUUGCAUAAUUAGACUCGUAUCUUAUAGAUAUACUAUAGAGUAUGCUACGUAUCUCCUUGUAGUACUCGCUUGGUGUGGGGAAUUGAUGGGGUUGAGAGGGCGGCCGUGAUUGAGCGUGACAUGGUUCGAAAGCAUCGUGUCAGAGCUAUUAGUGGAGAUCCGAGUUUCAGGAUCAUUCGUCUAUUAAGGUCUACCUUGGGAAGACCAGGUCAGAGCUAACCAUCAUGAGCCAACCAGAAAUCACAGUUCUCUACUUUGCUGCUGCGUCA